AUGUCGAAAGCAAGCAAAGGGCGCGGUAAGAGUUGGUGUGCGGCGUCGGUUAAUCUCUUGCUCGACCACGUCCAAGAGAUAUUGCCUCUUGGCAAAAACGGCUGGGCUAAAGUUGAGCUCGAAUACAGCAAGGCUGGUAGCGCAUACCCACAACGCGAUGGUGAGUCUCUUAAGCGCAAGUACCAGCAGCUUCGCAACAAUCCUAAACCAACCGGGAACCCCGAGUGUCCGUCUGAUGUUCGACGGGCCAAACAAAUUGCGCGUGAUAUUGAUACCAAGGCAGACGUCCUCCCACUUGGAGAUGAGUGCGAGGAGGACGACGACGAAGCACCAUGCACGCCGACACCAUUUACCCCAACAAAGGGUAUGUGGCAUUUGAAACUGUGA